AUUUUAAUCAAAUCGCGUAUCGUUCGUAUCAGUUUAAUAGAAAGAAUUAAACAAUGCGAGAUAAGGGCCGGGCGUCACUAGUGCAUCGUUAUCAGUCGCGAAAACAUGGCGGCCAGCGAUUACUACACCCGUGUUACAGUGAUAACGUACCCUUGACGCAGAGCUAACGUGAUCUCAACGAUUAAUAAUAGCACUCGGAACUCCGAUGGUUUAUAAAUACUCCGCCACGUUCCUAGGUCAUUAACGCUGCAAGUUCAAGAUGGGAGUGCCCAUGAUCAAUAAAUGCUGCUUCUGCGCCACCCUACACACAGGAACCUUGAUUAUAGGAUAUGUUUAUACGGUUUGGGCGUUACUAGAGCUGGCAAUAUACUGUUUGCUGGUGACACUGGCACCCCUGGGUAAAGAUGGGAACGUGUCAAUGCACAAAUAUGUAUUCUACGUGACUGCAGCCUGUGUUAGCGGGACACAUCUCAUCUGUUCUGUGCUCCUGGUAGUCGCCGCUUAUAAGAAACUAGCAUCCCUAACAUUGCCAUGGACAAUAGUGACGGGCAUCAUCACAGCGAUAUACUUCCUUCUCUCCUUCACCGGCAUCAGCCUGGUGCUGCAGGAUGAGGGGGAGAUGCUCGAGGUCGAGUCCAUCGUUAUAUUUAUACACCUCGCUAGAUCAUUUAUCUCAGUAUACUGCAUCAUAGUGGUGCACAGCCGACAUAAACAGAUCAUGCACGAGGAGGAUGAGUCCAGGUUCCAGCACUCUGGUCGAAUAUAUCAGCCUGUGUCUGUGAAGGUGGAAGACCACGUUCUAUAGACUAAUAACUAGAUGUACCUAAAUUAAAGGUACUACAUUUGAUAAGCUUUUAGUUAGCAUUUACUUGCACACAUAAUAUAGACCUUUAGUGCUUCAAAUACCUAGGUACUAUGGUGCUUGAACAUGUGUUUUAUUAAUAUGUAUUUUAAAAGCCUAUUGUACCUUGAAUAGUGUAGGGUACAUAGUGUAGUAACUACAGUAUCAACUACAAUAAAAACCUGCAUUUUCAUACCUUUAAGUAAAAUAAUUGUGUAUGGAGUUAGGGACUAUGUUUUUACGUAAAUAAGUAGGUGUUGUGAUAGCAAAAUUAUGAACGAAUUUUUAGUACCUAAGUACUUACAUGCUUAAGUAGUUACAAAUGUAUGCGUAAUUUAAUUUGAAGGUAAUGGUGAGAUUGUAACAGUACAAGUUCCUGUGAACAAAUAUAAUGAAUUUAUACAAAGUAUUUGUGUCUUAUAAUGAUAAGUAUUUUGUACCUCUAAGUACCUAAAUAAAUUAUUGAAUUGUUAUGUUUUUAA